UCCGCCAUUGCAGCAGGUUAAAGUGGGCUUCAUUUGCACGGUAUCUCAAAUAGCGCGGCAGCACGAUGUGUGACGAUAGUGAGAUAAAAGAGGCCUACGAGUUGGCCGUUAAGCUGGUAAAGGAGUGCAACGAAAUAGUGCUCGAAGGAUACCGAACCGCUUCGAAGCGGGUUGAGGUGAAGGGUAAGCAUUGGGAUCUCGUGACCGAGUACGAUCGACGCGUGGAGGAUGUGCUGAUUGCCGGAAUUCGAGCGCGUUUUCCGCAUCACAAAUUUUGCGCCGAGGAAUCGUCAGCCGGGACGACGCUCGGGGCGGGCGAACCCACAUGGAUCAUUGAUCCGAUCGAUGGAACGGUAAACUUCGUUCGUGGUAUACAGUUUACAUGCAUUUCGGUUGCAUUGGUGGUGGCGGGCGAGCUGCAGAUCGGAAUCAUCUCGAAUCCGGCCGGCGAUGAACUGUACACCGCCAUCAAAGGCCAGGGAGCAUUCCGGAACGGAACACGCAUAAGGACGCGCCGUUCGGAGCAGCUCAAAGAUGCCUUGGUAGGACACGAAUUUUCAAUUGGCAGCUACGAACCGAUCCGGAAUGCUCUUUUCGAGCGCGGAAAACGCUUCAUCGUUGAGUGCUUGGGAUUACGAGCGUUCGGGUCAGCUGCCCUGUCGCUGGCGUACAUCGCUAGUGGACAACUCGAUGCGUACAGUAUUCAGUUUCUCAAACCGUGGGACAUUGCCGCUGGAGCACUUCUGAUAACGGAAGCCGGAGGAAUCGUGAUAGGCAUUACGGGCGGGAAGUACGAUAUCAUGAAGCCGGAUAUUAUAGCCGCGUGCAGUGAGGUAUUGGGUCAGCGGGUGCUUCAAAUCAUUCAGGAGGUGGAUCGCGAUCUUCAGUGUUCAGAAAAGUAACCAGUGCGUGACGAAGGCAAAAGCAUUCCAUAACUAUCGAUCAAUGCACCCGAUGGUUUGC